UCGAACUGUCAUAGAUAAGAGAAACGCAGGGACUUCAAACCGGCGCGCAAUGUGUUGUCAGCUUCGCCAGGCGGGCAGAUUAUGACACUUGGAGCUAAAAUCCUACACACUUGUAGGAUGCCGCGAAUUUAGAGAAGGUUGGUUCCAUUUAAAAAAAAAGAAAAAGAGGUGUUUAUUGUAUUUUUUUAAUAUUGACCGACUAUAUUGCCAGGCUUUUUUUUUUUAAAGAAACGGGAUACAAAUAAAUAUUCGCCAACAAGUGGAGUUGGGUUCGGAAAGAGGAGGCGAAGCGAAUUGGAUCCAGAUAUGGAAGAGCACAAGGAUUCAAGUAGCCGGGAUUCUAGCGAAGGGGAGAGCGUCUCGCUGUCCCCGAAUCUGCCCUCCCCGCCGAUCCUGCCUCACCCGGCAGCGCAGCAGGCUCACCGAACCACCAACUUUUUCAUUGACAACAUCCUGCGGCCGGACUUUGGGUGCAAGAAGGAGCUCGGGAACAGGGACCGAGCGCAGACCUCCGGCAGGGAGAACGUGAACCCUUUGGUCAUCAGGCCGUCUCACCCGAGCACGCUGUGCCAGGAUUCAAACUGCAGCAGUGACAGCACCUCUUCCUCGUCCUCCUCGCCCUCGCCGGCGUCGAAACAGAGCCCGUCGAAGCCGGGCGAAGGAAAUGGAACUAACACGGCCAAAUACGGCGAGAAUAACCCCUCUCUUAUGGUUAUGAGCGCGAAUAAUGGAGGAACGGCGGCGACUAAAGAAUCUCAGCCGCUACUAUGGCCUGCCUGGGUAUAUUGCACAAGGUAUUCAGACAGACCAUCAUCUGUUUCUACACUAGGCCCAAGGACACGAAAAUUGAAAAAGAAGAAAAAUGAGAAGGAAGACAAGCGACCUAGAACCGCUUUUACAGCCGAGCAGCUGCAAAGACUUAAAGCGGAGUUUCAAGCCAAUCGGUACAUCACAGAGCAGAGGAGACAGUCUCUGGCCCAGGAACUCAACCUCAACGAGUCACAGAUCAAGAUCUGGUUCCAGAACAAGAGGGCUAAGAUCAAGAAAGCCAAUGGCUUCAAGAACGGUCUGGCCCUGCAGCUCAUGGCCCAGGGACUUUACAAUCACUCGACCACCACAGUUCAGGAAGACAAAGACGACAGCGAAUGAUCCCAGCACACUUUUCUUUUCCAUGUACUGCCGGGCGCUGGCUGGAGGGCCAGAAACGAAGCUUUCGAAGACAAAAAAAAA